AUGAGUGACAAGAAAGACACUAAUGACUUAAGAGAGGCUGGUGACUCAACAGAAAGUGCCGAAUAUGAGGAUGAUUUUGAAAAGGAUCUUGAGUGGUUUAUUAAUGAAGAAAAAGAAGAAGAAGAUGACGACCCUGGGGAAACAGAGAAUGAAGAGGAUGUUGAAGCAAAUACUGAUGAAGACAAUGAAGAAAGAAAAGAAUGUGUAGAUCAGCUUCCUCAGCCUGAUGCAGAUCUGAAGGAGAGUCCACCAAAUGAAGAAAAACCUGUAUCCAUACCCGAAGUUAAACCAUUGGAUCAUACAUCUGAUACUGACAGUGAAAGCUCCAUCCAGGAGUCCAAGCUGGAAAACCAGCAGGAACUGGAUGAGGAAGAUGAUGAAGAAAUAAAGCGUUAUAUUUUGGAAAAGAUCGAAGAAGCCAACAAGCUGCUGGAGAACCAAGAACCUCUGGAUGAGAAUAGAGAAAGGAAACUAAAAUUCAAAGAUAAAUUGGUAGAUUUGGAAGUUCCCCCUCUAGAAGAUACGGAAGCUUAUAAAAAUGAUCUUGAAAAUGAAGAGGAUGUUUCAAGUAGGCUGUCUCAACUGCAUAUUUCUAAUGAGCCAGGACUGCAAAGCAUGUCUUUUUCACUUAAUGGUGGCAAGGAUGAGGAACACAGGGAUGGCAAAAUCCUAGUAGAGAAAGAUGGGAAGUUUGAACUCUUGAGUUUACGUGAUAUUGAAAGCCAUGGCUUUUUGCCCCCGAUAAGCGUUUCUUUCACUGACAUUGAAGCUCAGCCUAUUUCUCCUAAGUUUUCCCAUUCCGUUAUUUUUGGCACUCCCAGUCUAACAAAGGAAGAGCCUCUAGUGCAGCCAGGGGUAAAUGCUUUCUUCCCCAUUGGAGAAGAGUUUGUCUGUUUCCCUAAGCCUCCACCUAACCCUAAGUAUCGCCCAAACUCAGCCAUCAACAUUGCAAGAAGUGUGGGAAUGGGAAGAACUCCCCGCAGGGUGCAGUCUGCAAAUGUUCCUUUGAGAAGCUCCACCUACGGUCUUUCACCCAAACAAAAAGAGAUGCAAAAACAGAUGCAACAAAGGAAAGAGAAACUAAGGAAAGAGGAAGCAGCACAGAAAAAACAACAGGAAGAAGAAAAGAAGAGAGAGAAUGACAUGGUCUUUAGAGCUUGGUUGCAGAAGAAAAAAGAACAAGUGCAGGAAGAGAAGCGAAUUCAGCGUGCAAAGGAACUAGAAGGCUCAAAUAGUAGACAGGAGAACAGAGAUCCAGAGGAAGCUUUCAGGUUAUGGCUUAAAAAAAAGCACCAAGAUCAAAUGAAAGAAAAACAAAUGGAAAUCCUUAGACGCCAGGAAGAGUGCCUGUACUUCCUUCCAAGAACAGAAGAACGUGACAGAGCCUUUAAACAAUGGCUAAGAAGAAAGAGAGAGGAAAAGCGAGCGGAGGAACUGGCUGCCAAAGAGCGAUCGAGGCAACUUAGGCUAGAAGCCAGAAGAGCAAAACAAAUCCAGAAUAUUCUCUGCACCAUUUCUGAACCUAAAUCCUUCCGCUUCACGGACCAUUACAGCUGA